AUGCGUCUGAGGGAAUGUGAUGCUGUCACUUUGCUGAACCUGAGGCAAGGGUCAGGCAGAAUUAACCAGGCUCUCUCUCUCUCCUCCUGUCUCUGGCAGCCCCUCAAUACCACCCGCAUCAAUGCCGCAGAAAUUGAGAGCAGAGUUCGAGAACUGAGCAAGCUCGCGGAAACAACCGACAAAGUCAAGCAAGGAUUCUGGGAAGAAUUUGAGACUCUGCAGCAACAAGAAUGCAAACUCCUGUACAGUCGCAAAGAGGGGCAGCGGCAGGAGAAUAAGAACAAGAACAGAUACAAAAACAUUCUUCCCUUUGACCACACCCGUGUUGUCCUACACGAUGGUGAUCCAAACGAACCUGUUUCUGAUUACAUAAAUGCCAAUAUUAUCAUGCCUGCCUCUCUCGCUGGGACUCAAGGCGGAUUACACAGAGCCGAGAUCGAAACCAAAUGCAACAACACAAAACCGAAGAAGAGCUACAUUGCCACCCAAGGCUGCUUGCAGAAUACUGUGAACGACUUCUGGAGGAUGGUGUUCCAGGAGAACUCCCGCGUGAUCGUCAUGACCACAAAAGAGGUGGAGAGGGGAAAGAGCAAGUGUGUGAAAUACUGGCCGGAUGAGCACGCACUAAAGGAAUAUGGUGUUAUGCGUGUCAGGAAUGUCAAAGAAAGCGCAGCUCACGACUACACAUUACGAGAACUCAAACUUUCAAAGGUUGGGCAAGGCAACACCGAGCGAACAGUCUGGCAGUACCACUUCCGGACUUGGCCUGACCACGGCGUGCCCAGCGAUCCCGGUGGAGUUCUGGAUUUCCUAGAAGAAGUUCACCACAAGCAGGAGAGCAUCGCGGAGUCUGGCCCGGUCGUGGUUCAUUGCAGUGCGGGGAUCGGUCGAACUGGAACGUUCAUUGUGAUAGACAUUCUCAUCGACAUAAUCAGAGAGAAAGGCGUGGACUGUGACAUCGAUGUUCCAAAGACCAUUCAGAUGGUGAGGUCCCAGCGGUCUGGGAUGGUGCAGACAGAGGCGCAGUAUCGGUUUAUUUACAUGGCGGUCCAGCACUACAUUGAAACGCUACAACGCAGGAUCGAGGAGGAGCAGAAGAGCAAGAGGAAAGGACAUGAAUACACCAACAUUAAGUAUUCUUUAACGGACCAGGCGAGUGGAGACCAGAGCCCCCUUCCGCCAUGUACUCCGACUCCUCCCUGUCCUGAGAUGCGGGAAGAUAAUGCCAUGCGGGUGUACGAAAACGUGGGUCUGAUGCAGCAGCAGAAAAGCUUCAGAUGAUGAGACCAUGCGAGGAGAGGCCCCGGCAGGGAAGAACUGAAAUUGCUGGGGGUUUUUUACGAGAAGAUGAAACAAGGCGUCUCGAAAAGCAUCCUGCAAAGAAUGGACUUUGACUGCUGCAAAGAGCCUGUUUUUUAUUUAUGGUGUUUUAACCCUUCAAUAAUGAGCAGACCACCUUUCUAAGAAAAUUCUGAUGCCUUUUCUCAAACAUCUGAUUUCUACAAUUUCUGAUGUUUUGUUUCCGUUUCUGAGCAUACAGGGAUGACGGAUCCAUUUUGCUAACGGUGGUGCUUUCUCCCGGGGCGAGGAGACUUUACCUGCCACAAGCUCCUCGUGCUCUGAGGGGCGUGCGCGGAAGGACCACCAUUAGCGCGACAGAUUCACGGGAUCCACUCCAAAGCUCUCUUGUCUUUGAUGCAGACCAAUAUACUCUGUUGUACUUGAAAGGAUUUCUUUUUCCUCUUCCUGGAUUUAGACAUUAUACAAGAAAAAUCUAAUUCUUACCCUUUAAAAAAACCCAGAGUUGUAGGUCAGUAUCAACACAAACGAUAUCGGGGAGAGAAAGCAGACGUGCUGUUCAGAAGCUCGGUUCUCUGUUCUCCCCACCGCCUCCAGGGAGCAACCCAAAGCUCCACCUUGGACAGGUCUUGUUGAUCAGUGUGGUAAACUAGUCCUCACGCUUUCCAUGCUACAUUUUCUUUCUUGAAAUGAACACGCUUUCCUCAAACUUCCAAGCAUGCGUUUUUGCACCGGAUUUCAGCUAGCCUCCGUCUGGGAACGGCCCAGCGAUGGCCCUGCGACGUGUGGACGGCGUCGCAACUUGCAGAUUCAAGUCAGCUGCGCCCUGGGGGUGUCAUUCCUGCCCACUUGCUUGCCGGGAGCCACCUCAUAGGGCCCGCCUUCUUUCGUGCCCCGCUCGUGAGCUUGCUGGGUGCACCUGGGCAGUCCAGUUGGAAGACUAGAUGGACCGCUGGUCUGAACCCCUGGGGCUCCUUCAGGGGGCAAGACGUGGGCUUUUCGGGGUGGCUGCAGAGGCUGAGGGGUUUGCAGGCCCUGGUUAUGUCUCAGAUGCCCGUCAGAGGGCGGAAGGCUCAGCUGCUUGUACAAGCUUUUCUGCUUUGUGCUCCAUUAGACAGUCUGUAAUGUUCUGCCUUUUCCAAGUGCCUUUUUUUCAAAGCUGCGUCCAACUACCUGGUCUCUUUUCCCUGCAGAAAGGCUUUGGCCAGGGAGGGGCUGUCCGGCACUCUUGUUGGGGGGGGUGGGGUCUUUUUCUCGCCGUAGAAGGGCUCCAACCCAUCCAGGCAUGGAAUUGCAGUCUCCUCCAGCUGGCUUUCGGCUGCUAAGCAAGCUGUUGAGGGAUCCACAGUGGCAGGUGGUCCCAUUGCGAGCAUUCGGAGGGGGGGGGGGGCUGCUAUUUUCAUUUCCGCCCUAUUUCUGCAAAUGCAUUUUCAGAGGGGAAGCUGGGUCUUGGUGGAGCCAAAAACUGUUCAGAUCACCUGGUUACUGUCAGGGCUGGGUGUGUGUUUUUAAAUCCCGCUGUUGCUUCAAGAAAGUCUUUGUUCUGCAACCUGCAUAAAUGUGUGCCAUUUUGCCUCUUUCAGAUAACUUAUUGGGGUGUUCUUCCCCCCAUAAUGUGUACUGGCUUUUCUAAUCUUGGAGAAGGGCUGGCGGCUGAAUCUGCCUUUGGAGAUUCCUGCCCAUUCUUUUCUUUUCCCAAAAUUUCCUCAUACGUUCAAGGAGAUCUUCACAGUCAAAGAAAUAUCUCCCCCCCCCUCCGCCCCGCCCCGCCCCGCCCUGCUCCCCACACACACACUUUUAAGCAAAAGGUUCUUGGGAGGCUAAAUUCCAUACCCAGAGCCACAGUGAUUCUCACAGCUCUGUUUGCACGUUGAGCAUAGAUGUGAUGAGAAGCUACCAGGUCUUCCGCCUUCUUUGCGUACCUCUCCUCUUUGAACCUUGGAACUUCCCAAAGUCUUGUAUCUUGCGUUGUCGCUUAGUCACGUAAUCUGGGCACUCCUGUUGCGCUUGCCGCCUUCUCUCAUCUCCCCGCCAAGUGGCUGAUUGUGCCAGCAGGGUCCCACUUCCAACCCACUGGGCUUGGCUGGGAGGAUGUAGGUUUGGAGACAGAGCGGUGGAGGUGCCGUGUUGGAUGUCCCAUAGCACCAGUGUUGCAAGCAGGUGUGAGGGAUGAAUGACAGGUUUUGUAUGAGCAGAUGGAGCUAGAAGGGCCUGUGGAGUAGAAGGUGGCCCCCGCAUUCUCCAGAGGGGCAUCUUGUCUGACAUGCUUGAGUUGUCCUUGCUGUUGGUGCCAAGGUAAUGCUUUACACCCUGUCUUGAUGAGAGGUCCUUGAGAUGACCAUCUGUCAGCAGGGCUUUGAUUGUGUGUUCCUGCAUUGCAGGGGGUUGGACUUGAUGGCCCUUGGGGUCUCUUCCAGCUCUAGGAUUCCGUGAAAACAAGCUUAUUUUCUGUCUGAUCCCUUUGGUGUCAUAAGUUGCCUGAUUUCUGCAUUUUUUUUCCCCAGAGCUGAAUCCAUAAAUGCAAAUCAGCUGGGAAGUUUUAAGAGUGGAACUUAGAUGUUAGUGGGAAUGUUGGGCUGCCUCUGAGAAUGGCAAUCUUGGGUUGAGUUCUUCCCCUGUAUAACAUCUGAUAGACGACAUACCCAGGUGUUGACAUUCUGAUGGCCCUUGGCAGCAACCAAUACGUGGAGGUGCCUGAAAACAUGCCGUGUCGUGACAUCAAGGCACACCACAUCUUAGAACCUGCUGUGUUGGAAAGGGAGAAGGGCACAAAAGAUGCCACUUUUGGCGGCAGCCCUGUGUUGAUCCUAGUGCAGUG